UUACUGCCAUUUUUCGAAAUGGCCGCUAGUCUCGCGAUAGUGGUGUCGUCAGCGCCACCGACAUCCCCGGUAGAGCGGCUAAGCCACAGUCCCACCCUCAACACGUCUCCUCCUAUCACCGCGCCACGGCUUUCGGAGCUGAGAGCCAAUCAGCGCCGUCCGGUGGUGGCGGAGGGAUACGCGCGGUGUUUGCUGCCGGCGACUGAAAGAGACGAGAGAGAAUCUGAGAGCGGGAUGGAGAGGAAGCGCUGGGAAUGCUCGGCUCUGCCCCAGGGCUGGAAGAAGGAGGAGGUAACCCGCAGGUCGGGCCUGUCCGCCGGCAAGAGUGAUGUCUACUACUACAGUCCCAGUGGGAAGAAAUUCCGUAGUAAGCCACAACUGGCACGGUACCUGGGAAACUCCAUGGACCUCAGCACAUUUGACUUCCGCACUGGGAAAAUGCUGAUGAGCAAAAUCAACAAAAACCGUCAGCGAAUGCGAUAUGAUGGAUUGAAUCAAACAAAGGGCAAGCCUGAUCUGAACACUGCUCUCCCAGUCAGACAAACUGCUUCAAUCUUCAAGCAACCGGUCACCAAAGUGACAAACCAUCCCACUAACAAAGUAAAAAGUGACCCUCAGAAAGCAGUAGACCAGCCACGUCAGCUUUUUUGGGAAAAGAAGCUGAGUGGCUUAAAUGCUUUUGACAUUGCAGAGGAGCUGGUGAAAACCAUGGAAUUGCCUAAGGGGUUGCAAGGUGUAGGUCCUGGGUGCACAGACGAAACUCUUCUCUCUGCCAUUGCUAGUGCUCUGCACACAAGCACCAUGCCGAUCACUGGACAGUUGUCUGCAGCAGUGGAGAAGAAUCCAGGAGUCUGGCUCAACACUUCGCAGCCCCUCUGCAAGGCAUUUAUGGUGACAGAUGAUGACAUCAGGAAACAGGAAGAGCUGGUGCAACAAGUGAGAAAAAAGUUGGAAGAAGCUCUUAUGGCUGACAUGCUUGCUCAUGUGGAUGAAAUCUCCAAGGAUGGCGGUGCGCCACUUGAUAAAGAUAUUGAUGAUGACGAUGAAGAAGAGGAGGAAGAAAAUGCCAGAGGACAGGAUGUAGACGAUGUAUAAAACUGAAGUGUGUUGAGGUUUUUCCAUUGAUUGCAAUAUGAAUGAGACCAUAACCAUCCUUUCAUUAAAAUGACACUGGUCACUCAACCUGGGGACCAGAGUAAGAAUGACAGUCCUGGACUCUUCAUUUGAAACCUUUAGUAAUGCCUGUAAUUAUUGUAGCACUAUCUGACCAUGUGUAGAUGAAACAUAUAUAAAUACGUUUUGAAUUCAACUUGUUUUUCUAAGAGUUCACUCUUACUUAAAGAUUUUCAGUUUUGUAAAAUUCUUUAGAAUAAUCCAGUUGUUUAAGUUACAUUCAUGCCACAUUCUUUAUUCAAAUAAUGAAUUUAUUCCUCCUCCCCCCCUCCAACCCACACUGAUGAAGAGACAUUCUAAGUUUACCAUAUAUGUAACAACCGGGUGUGUAGGUUGUAGUUAAAUGCAUGCUGAACACCUUUUUAUUUUAACAUUGUAUUUAAUGAAAACAUCAGGCAAUAGAUGUAUAAUAUACUAGCUGCAGAUUUUUAUGUGGCUUCUACACACUCUACUCGCAUUAUUAUGACCACCAGCUAAUAGCCAGAGUAACUGCCGUGUGCAGCAUGGACAGCAGCUAGACGGGCUGAACUGUCAUUUUAGAAAUGCGUCUGGUUAAUUUUGAGCUGCUCCACUGCAGCGCGUUGGUUGGCCCUCACGCACCUUCGUAGCCGACGAUCACCUCUCACAUCAAUGGCAUGUGGUGCAUCACAGUGUCCACGUUUUUAAUUCGCAUUGGUGCCAUUUGUGUAGUCACUAUACACCUUCACCACAGCGGCACACGAACAGUUGACAAACUGCACUAUUUCAGAGAUACUAGGGUGUGGGAAUCAGAAAGAUUAUGGUCAAAUUGUCCUGUGGGUUUUUUUUUUUUAAAGUGGCAAUCAUUUACAUGGCAAAACCAGGUUGAUUUUGCUAUUUAAAUGAUUGGCACUUUAAAAAAAAAAAAAACACAGGACAAUUUGACCAAAAUAUUUCACUUUCUGAUUGUCACACCCUAUUACUUUUCCCCCUGGGUUUUAAAGCCGAUAAUCAUUCCUUUAUGCAACUCUGAUAAAUAGCCCCUUUUACCUGUGACAGCAGUGAUGUGUGCAGACAGCCUAUCAUACACCUUAUAUACUCGCCAAUCCAGUGCAUGAGACGUGAUGUACUUCAUGGGCUAUGCACUGCUGACGUCAAAUGUAGGAGGUGGUUGUAAUAAUAUGCCUCAACUGUGUAUAUGUUAAUACAUUUUUCUUGCUGUAGAUACCAGUGUCUGUUUCUAUCACAUAAUUCUUUAUUUCCACACAAAGCACUUCAGUGUUUUUAAAUCCUUUUGCGAUAACCUGCACACAACACAAUGGUUAGGGCAUAGGUUAGUACUAGGAACCUGAUCGUUCAGGCUGCGUCCCACAGCAUUUGAUGCGCACAUCCCUGGACAGCAAACAUGCGCAAUCUUAGAUUUAGAAGGGGAGGUGUGGAACGUUGGGAUAUUAAACAGUUGCUUAAUUAAUUUUUCCUCUGUAAAUCAGCAGUGGCUAUGGAUAUUAUAUUCAGUGGCAAGAUGUGUAUUGCACUCAUUGUAUGAAUACUCAUUACAAUUAACCUCUACCGGUCUUUAUACUCAAAUGGACCCACCACGCCUCUGGACGGGACAGGCUUUUCAAUAUGGUCAAAUGGUCAGCCUAGCUUUUGGCAUAUGCGCCCUUAUUGGCAGCACUGGAGCCCUACACAAUGUAUGGAGAAAUGUAUGUUUUGUUGGGUUUUUGUUUUGUUUUCCCUGAUCCUUUUGGAAAGGACAGUCAUGGAAACGCUUAGUUUUUUGUAUGUUUUAUACUUCAAAAUGUUCUCAAUUUUUUUUUUUUUAAUUGAUUUGGAGUCACAACAUGCAGCUCCAUGUUUUCUUCAAAAGACUCUCCUAGCAGCUUUGUAGCUUUUAUGGUAUCUCUUGCUCUACUUACAUAGUCUGAAACAUCCUGCCUACAGAGACAACACUGUCGGCUGAUUGGUUUCUGCAUAAUAAAAUUAAGAGUAUUAAGAUUUACAUUUUUUUUCUUUGAUUGCCAGGCUAUUCAGGCAAAAUUGCUUUUUAGAACAGAUUUCCAAAGUCUAAAGGCCCCCAUCCACUAGUCAGAUUUGGGCAGUUUUCUUCAGAUUUCGAUGCAUCUGACCGUCAUAUCUGAAGAAAAGUGUCACAUUGGAUGGCUCUUAAGAUCCAAUGCUCACUCCCGUGUCAGAUAUGUCUGAACUACAGAUGUCUGAGGCUGCCCCAACUAUUUAUCUGAAUCUGAAGAAAACAGGUGCACAUCGGAUUGUUUUUUUAACUUCAGAUGUAUCUGAUCAGAUUCAUCUGAAGCGUCACUUGACUGGCAUCUCCCUGACCACUCCCACCCACCAAGAGGGGGAACAGCGGCAGCAGCAUCAGAUCAAUCACAUGUAGCAUGUGUGCAUCAGAUAUAUCUGAUGCGAUCUGGCACAUGAUAUAUUGCAUCAGAUAUAUCUGAAGUGAAUGUAAUGAAAAUUAAAGCCAGGGUCUGAUCCGAUUCCCGGGACGCUCCCGGGAGAGGUCAAGAGAAAUCUGAUGCGAUCUGCAGUUCAGACAAGUCUGAGUAGUGGAUGGCCACCUUAAGGUUAAACAUUUUGAUUAUGUGUACAUAAGAUAGUGUCCACUUUUAAAAUGUUUUAAAAACAAACAUAAAAUUGUGAGUAGCUUGUAACCUAUCCAAUUGCUUUUGUAGUAAUAUAAUGCUGCGUGUUUAGUUGUAUUUGUGCGAUUUCUUUUUGAUUAGUAAUCCUGUGUUAUGCAGUGCCCACUGCACUGAACUUUUUUGUAAAUAUUAAACAUUUGUACAAAUCUU